UGAGACGUGAUUGGCUGUCAGUACAGGAGUGAUUUCCUGUAGCGCCUCCGCGGCCGUGAUUUCUUCCUGCUUUGAGUUCCUUUUAUUUCGCUUUAAUUUGGGGCCAACAUGACGGAAAGUGUUUGUCUGUGAGCGAGUUAUUUGUUCCCCACGGGCAGCUGCGGGUUGCCAGGACGAUGUCUCACCUGUGUGCCUCGGCAGCGGCAACAGGUGUGCAGACUUGAAGGUGAUCUCAUCUCGGGACACCUGUUGCUCCACUUUGGACGCACAACGACGAGGAGGAGCGAGCGUGGACUUUGUCUCGGAUACAUCCAUUAAAUAUUCAUUUAAUUCAACGUUUAUUGAGCUAUUAUGAAAGUCACGGUGACAUUUGGCGACAGGGCCGUGGUAGUUCCGUGUAAACCUGGAUGGACUGUCCGGGAUUUAAUGGAACAAGCCACGCGGAGAUACCGCAGGAUUUUGGAUCAGGAUGGAAGGAGUGGCGUGAAUACACACCACCUGGAGUACACUGAUGGAGGCAUCCUCGACAUUGACGACCUGCUCACAGACCUCGUGGAAGACCGGGAUAAGCUGGUGGCGCUUUUUGAGGUGCAGCGUGGGACCACGGACAGUCCCAGAGAGAGCAUCUCUAAUGGCGAGUCCAGUGCGGCCCCCAGCCCGGAGCCCCUCAACUACUACUCGCACUUGCAGCUGCAGGAGCCAAUCAAAGGGGAGAUAGAAGUCAAUGAGGCUGUCCUCAAAUCUAACACACCCCUGCUAGUGAGGAGUAGCAGUGAGUCGGCAUUGGCCCCGCCCAUUGAGACCACCACGCCACCCGAAGACCGAAGUACGGAGACCUUCAAAACGGGAACCAACCAUGUGCUGAGGGGAGGUGCAGAGCAAGCCACCAAGAUGAGCUUGGCCACAUUUAGCGCCCUCACAAGGACGGUCCACUUGCUGGGGGACCGUGGGCCUCUGGGCAUCCAAGUUGUUCCCUACUGCUCAUCUCUUAGUGGACGGAUGCUGGGCCUCCUCAUUACAAACAUCGAGGAUAACAGUCGCACCAAAAAGGAGAAUAUCUUUCAAGAGGACGAGUGUAUCGUCCACAUUGACGGCAUAUCGCUGCAAGACAAGACCUUUGCUGAUUCACAGGAAUUGUUCCGCCAGGCCCUGUCCUCCCCAUCCAUGCACCUGGAGGUCCUUCCUGUCGCAAACAAGCCUCGCUACGAGAAGGGUCUGAUCGGCCAACUGUUCAACGGCGAAGGCAAAGAUCUAAAAGCAAAAAGUCCGGUGGUAACCCGGGCAAACAUUGACCUCCAGCCCGUCGCCAAGCAAGAGUCCAAACCCAACCCAGCGUCUCGAUGGCAAAAGGCAGCAGUCAAGACGCGAGAACUGCCCGCCAUGAACCCAGUCGCCAGCAACCCACAGUCGGCAGCUGCCCAGGCUAGAAAUGCCCCGCUGGAGAGGGUCUCUCCCACGUCCUUGCUCAAGAUGGCGAGCGCUUCCUCGCCGACUAGAACCCGCAGGCAGAGCCCGCCCGCUAGCAAGAGCAGCAACGUGCCUGAGCUUACAAACAAGAAAGGCAGCAAGAGGAUCAAAGUUGACCUAAAGAAAGGUGCGGAGGGUCUGGGCUUCACCGUGGUGACCCGGGACUCCGCUAACGGGCCUGGACCAAUCCUGGUGAAGAGCAUCCUGCCACGCGGCGCUGCAGUCAAAGAUGGCCGCCUGCAUCCUGGUGACCGCAUCCUGGAGGUGAACAACAUGGACAUGACAGGCCGCAGCCAGGAGGAGUUGGUGGCCAUGCUGCGCGGGACAAGACAGGGAGAAAGUGUGUGUGUGGUGGUGGCGAGACAGGAGGACAUCUUCCUGCCACGGGAACUGAAAGGUGAAGACGACAGCAGUCGGGUGCUGGAGGACGGCAGGGAGCAGCUCGUGUACGAGAUUCCACUCAACGAGACGGGUUCCGCCGGCCUGGGGGUCAGCUUGAAGGGCAACAAGUCGAGAGACGGCGAGGACCUGGGGAUUUUCAUCAAGUCCAUUAUCCACGGAGGUGCUGCCUACAAGGACGGCCGGUUGAGAGUCAACGACCAGCUAAUUGCAGUAAAUGGCGAAGCACUGCUUGGACGAUCCAACCACACCGCCAUGGAGACACUGAGACGAUCCAUGUCGUCGGAGGGCAACACCCGGGGUACCAUCCAGCUUGUGGUGCUGCGGGCCUGCAGAGUGGAGGAGCCUGAGGGCCACCGUGCCUACGAGGGGGCUUCCAGACCCUCAGCGCUCACCGACAAAUACAUGACUGGCGGCUCCGGGGGUGCUCUCCAUCCUUCUGCCACCACCAAUGGCAACCAGGGUCACCAUGGCAAUAAGGAAGGCUUCCCCCCCAGCACAGUGGAGGACAUGACUGGAGACCCACAGCUGAAGUCCUUGCAAUACAGGAAGGGUCCGGCGGACAGCCAGGUGUACAAGCACAAGGACGACCUGCCUCGCAACAGGGCGUCCAAAAGCAUGGAUCUAGUGGCGGAUGAGAGCAACAUGAGAUCGCUGGUGGGACCUACCAAUGAGGACACCACUGGAGGAAGGCUGGGCCCGACCCUGGGACUCUGGAAGUCCAGCUCCCUGGAAAGUCUCCAGUCUGCCAUGUCGGAGGCCCAGCAGGAUCACAUCAAGGCCCGGGUGCCCUUUUAUCGGCCGCCGCCACAAAUGGUCCGAGGGCGCGGGUGCAACCAGAGUUUCCGCAUUGCCAUCGACAAGUCAUAUGAAGGCCCGUCGGAAGAUGACGACGACCUGUCUGAGCGCAGCUCCGGCCACGAAACGCCGGCCAGCAGCUCCUCCCGUCAGGACCUGGAUGUAGAAGAUGGGAGGAGUCUGAAGAAAGUCGGCGGGAAGAAGCAGGAGAAAAAGAGUAAAGGAAAGAAGAAACGUGAGGAGGCUGCAGACGAUGUGGACAAGAAGACCAAAAAGAAAGGUUUCGGUCUGUUGAGGUUUGGCAAGAAGAAGGAAGACAAGAGCAAAGAUGCGCUGCGAGUGGUGAAGAACAAGCUGGAAGCUCUGAGUGAGGAGGAGGGCGGCGGCAGAAACAGCUUUGAUCCGCGGUACGCCGAAAUCAACUAUGACCAGCUCACCCCGGACUCGGGCACGCUCCCGGACGUGGAAGACGACGACACCGACCCCAACUACGCCCGGAUCAACAACUUCCUUCAGCCGGACUCGCCACAGCUGCCUGGCCACACCCACUCCCUGGCGGCUCCCGUGACCGCGGCGGGCAAACAGCCUCAUCUGGACAACCUCUACGCCCAGGUGGUCAAGCCUCGGCAACAACCUGCAGAAAGUGAUCCGAGGUACCAGGCGGUGCGGCGGGAAUACCAGCCGGCCCGAGCGGCUCCGGCCUACGAUGAACUGGACACGGCGCGGCGUGGAGCCUUGGAGCACGACCCACACAGGGUUGCACCCAGACACGUUCACCUUUAUGAAGAAUUGGACGGGCCACACCACACACACACCAGGAGGGAUCCUUACGAUUACCUGAGCCACUCCAGAUCCGCCCACAGAGAGCCCGUCCGCUACCAAGACAGCAGCCUGCCUCAGGUGGCGUCUGCCAACCAACGCCACUACCCCGCAGCCACCAGGCUGGACGUCCCCGCCUCUCCUGCUGCGGGCCGCCAAGGGCGCCAUUAUUACGAGGCUGCAGGAGGGAGGGGCGACGGCUACCGACAGGACAGCCCCGGUCGCUACGGCUACGAGGACGAAAGACAGCGUGACCCGCGAGUAAAGAACCCGAUGAUCGGAGCGGUUUGAAGUGUUUAUCCGGUCCCCACUUGACAAGAAUGUGUGUGUGAAAUGUGCUGAGUAUUUAGCAGCAUGUAUUUAUAACAUUUUAGCCAAGACAAUUACAAAAACUGAGGUUGUAUUGCCUUUACACAUGAAACAAACGUAGAUUUCACAUUUAUUUGAGGACGUUUCUAGCCACACAAGAUGUCUAAAUCUCAGAGUUUGUUAUUGUCCACCUUUUUGUUUGUUUGUACAAUAUCAUUUUGUGGUGUUUUAGUAGCACAUAAAAAGUUAGAUCAACUGCUGGUGAACUUUUUCUACAAUGAUUUUGCAUGAAAUAAAUGUGUAAUUUCUUGAA